AAUUCCCAUAUCUCGUGGGAACUAUAUCAUAUGUGCGUUCUUUCAAACAUGGCAGCUUCAACGGUGUUUUUGAUUCUGGUCGCACUUCUGUGUCUUCAACCAAUAGACAUGUUUACGCAGAAGAGCAUUCUACGAACAUUUUCGAUGAUCAGUCAAAGUACCGCACCAACCCCGACACAAGCGGCAGUUAAGGACCUGCGUGGUGAAAUUGACAAUUUGCAGUCGGCGUUAAACGUCCUGCAAGAGAAAUACAAGAAUCUCCAGAUGGUUAGCACAACUCAGCAAACAGUGCCCUUAACGACAUUUCAAACUACCAAACCAACGCCGUCACAAACGGAAGUAGAGAUAGCCAAUUUGCGAGCUGAAAUUGUCAACAUGCAGACGGAGUUGAGGGACUUGCAAGCGAAGUUCAAGGACAUGCACUCUUCCAGAAACCUUCAGGGCACAAAUCCAUUUGUCGCAUUUGAAGCUCGACUCAGCAAUUCCCUUAUGGGGCUUGGACCGAAUCAGAUUGUUUUGUUCGACAAAGUACUGAUGAACAAGGGCAAUGGAUACGACAGCAGAAUCGGCGUGUUCCGUUGUCCCGUGAACGGCACAUAUCAGUUGUUCCUUUCGGUCGCGUGUUUCGGUAGAACUCAGCUGGAAAUCGUCAAUAACGGGGCCCAAGUGGCACACCUCGCCGCGUCCCAGUCGAGAGUACGGAUGCCAGUAGUACUCCGAAGCGCAGACAAACGCCAAAUUCCCACUAUGGCAGCCAGUACGACCAUGUUGACGCCAGAAUCCAAGCAUUUCGCUAUGAGCCCACACGGAUCAGAAGCAGGCACAGCGUCCAUUCAGUUCCUGCUUGACCUGGUUGUUGGAGAUGACAUUUGGGUCCGCCAUGUCGACAACGGCAUGAGCAGCGUCGUGCUGUCCGAUACGUACACGACGUUUUCCGGCCACAUCGUGCAUGCAUAUUAAUUAGGAUAUUUACGACAUUACGCAUUUCACAAGGUGCGCGGAGACAUUAUAUCAUGAUACAGUUUUUCUUGCAGCUUGUAAUUAUAAGUACAGAGUAAAAAACCUUUGUCUUCACA